CAAAUCCUUUGUACACAGAGUUGCGUUGACACAGCACGCGUUUCUGUGUCAGCAUCGUGUCUGAGCUUCAGGAGCAUAAACAUUCAAUUGGAGAAAAAAAUAACGCAAGGAGAGACACAGACACCAAAGCUGUGUCCCCACAGGAGCGAGCAAUGUCAAGUUUAAAGAAAAGAAAUUCGAAUUCGUCAGCCGACCGGGAUGUGGAAGACAAGGAGGUUACGGAGAAGAUGCUCUCUCCGGUCGGAGGGGAGAAUGGAAACUCGAGCCGAAUGGGAAGCCCGGACAAGGUGUCCGUACCCGGGGAAGAGAAGGUUGUCCUAGAAAGAACCAUUACCCUGGUGAAUGGCGUAGCUAUCAUAGUGGGUACCAUCAUCGGCUCGGGUAUCUUUGUGACCCCGACUGGAGUGGUGAAGGAAGCCGGGUCCGUCGGACUGUCCCUUGUCGUUUGGGCAGUGUGUGGAGUGUUCUCAACCAUAGGUGCCCUGUGUUAUGCUGAGCUGGGCACCACUAUUUCCAAAUCAGGUGGAGACUAUGCUUACAUCCUUGAAGUGUAUGGUUCCCUGCCGGCUUUCCUGAAACUGUGGAUCGAGUUGCUCAUCAUCCGGCCGUCAUCGCAGUACAUUGUCGCUUACGUCUUCGCUACCUACCUCCUCAAACCAAUAUUCCCUGACUGCCCAGUACCCGAGAAUGGGGCGAAGCUGAUAGCCUGUCUUUGCAUCUGUAAGUAGCCAUUCUGAUGUAAUUUACUAUUCUCAAACUCAGUGCUACUAUAUCAGGUGGAACUGGUUGUAACACACGUUGCAUCUUCCUUUACGAAUGGCGCCACAUCAGGAUAUUGUAGUAUGCAAAUGUGUCUUCCAACAGACACUGUUUUAUGAAAGUAAUUUUAAUGAAACUACAUUUAGUAAUUUCCUGGACUAUGUUGAUACAUGAUGCCAAAAUCUUGAUCACUGCGACACUGUUCUCUUGGCAGAGCGCACGCCACUCACCCAAACGAAAGCUCGGUGUAGGCUAGGUCUACUGUAGUUGAAUGGAACUGUUGAAAAAAUAGCACGUUAUUUCAUCAUCUUUGGUUGGUAGAGGCCGGCGUUUUGUGUAGCAUUACCCAGGCGCCACAUGGUCACAUGGACAUUUUAUUUAUCUCCAGAUAAGAUAAUUAAUAAUUAAAAUAAGAAUAAGAAAAAUAAUGUAAAUAAAAUAUAAAUAUAAAACAUCUACAAUAGAUGAUUGUUUUCUCACAAUAUGCAAAUGACAUUAAUUCAGUCACACAUCUUGCGCACAUUAUUCUCACUGACCCUUAAUGCGCGGGUAUAAACAACAGUAAUAAAAUGGGCGGCAGGUAGCUUAGUGAUUAAGAGCGUUGUGCCAGUAACCGAAAGGUCGCUGGUUCUAAUCCCCGAGCCAACUAGGUGAAAAAUCUGUCGAUGUGCCCUUGAGCAAGGCACUUAACCCUAAUUGCUCCUGUAAGUCGCUCUGGAUAAGAGCGUCUGCUAAAUAAUGUAAAUGUAAAAAGGCAUGUGAUGUGACUCACUAUGUGCAAUAUCAGUGUGAUAAGGGAUGUGUUAAGUUUUGACACGCCUUUAUCACUUUGUUUAUUCGUAUGAUAUCAACAAUCUUGUCUUCUCCAAUUUAUAGGCCUAUACAUUCAGUAAGAGAUGUUCUAUAAAUGUUUUUGUGAAUCAGGUGGCACUGUGAAGUUCAACACGUGGAUGUUGGCUAGUCAGAAACAGGCAUGGCUGUUGUGUUGUGCUGAACGAUGACAUUUCGGUUAUUUUUCGUUUUUUAAACAACAAAUGGACCAAAGUCGGUUCAAUUACUUGAAUGCUUUGAAUUUUGUUCAGUUUUUUUCUGUGAGCUCAAUGCACAAAUUGCACAGAUUCUCUAGAGAUAAAUCAGCUCCAGCCUGAACUGUAUGACGUAGUAGGAAUUUGUAGUUUCUUACAGGCCAAUAUUCUACAUAGUUUAGCACAUAAAACGCAUUUGUAGUCUCUUUCUUUUAUGCCUGCUACGGAAGAGGCAGAAGAAUGCGCGAUCGUGAGGGGAUAUAGAGAGCAGCUGUUGCUUCGCGAGGUAUAGUAUCUCUACAUGAAAAUACGUGAUCUAAGUGAUUAAUAGUUGGUAUUGAGCAGUCAUAAAAGCAUGCCUUAUUUACUUUGGAGUACUACAAAAUAGUGAUCUUGUCAGACCGCAUAUGCAGCAGCUCUAUAGAGAUGAGAUGAUGCCUUGGAAUGAAAUAAGAAAGUCAUCAAAUAAAACAAAUGUAAUAUACACAACUGAAAUAUUUUAUUAAAGUAAAGUCAUGUGAAUAAAUGAUGGUUAAUAAGUGAUGAGCAGUCACUACCAUAAUGGGACUUUGUUUUAUUGUUGUAUUCUGUGCAUUCAACCCAAAUAAUAGAAACCGAAAUCGAAAACCUUCAUUAUUUAAAAAAAAUAGAACCAAAACCGAACCGACCUGAAAAAGCACUAAUCUCUCAGUGCUACUGUUGUGCAGUGUUGGAUAGUAGUUAGCCAGUUGGGAUUAUGGGUGGAUUAGUUUGAGCUCUGCAUUAAUUAGCCAACAAAUCAAAAACAGUCUCACAUUGUGGAAAUUGCUAGUCCUCUCAAGCAGACUUUUCUUUCUGCUCUCCCAUUGCAGCUCUCUGUUAGACUGUUGCCCUUUUUGGAUCCAUCUCUCUUGCAGCAUACAUUUCUCUGUUGGGGUUAUGAAUCAGUGGAGGCUGCUGAGGGGAGGACGGCUCAUAAUAAAGGCUGGAAUGGAUGGAAUGGAGUGAAAGGAAUGGUAUCAAACGCAUGAAAACCAUGUGGUUGAUACCAUUCCAUUGACUACAUUCCAGCCAUUAUUGUGAGCCGUUCUCACCUCAGCAGCCUCCACUGGUAUGAAUGCCUGAUUAAGGUGCAGGAAUGUGUGUGUGUGAAUGUCGUCGUAUGGUAUAGUGCCUGCGCUAGUCUCUAAUCCUUUUUCUGAGUGUGUAAUCCCCAACAGUGACUACAUGAUAGAGACUGAGAUAGAGGGGCGGCCUGGCCAGGGCACAUAUAUAGAUGUAGAGAAAGGGUUGAAGCCAAGAUGUUUGUCUAGUCUACUUAUUCUGGUCUUGGGAGUUGACAUGGUCAGUCAGGAUAGCUAAGCUUCUCUUAUCCACAAUGCUGUUCCAUGCAGUUUUGCUAAUCCAUUGAGUUGUGCUAGGCUAGGGUGUUUUUCUGACUGACUGUGAGUUAUUGUUCCAGUGAUUUAUUUGGUGUUUUGUAGUUAUUAGGUCGCCGUGCUUUAGUUUAAUGUAUAGGUCCACAAUAGUGAGGUUUUACAUAGUGGCCCCCUGGCUGGCUCUGUCUGACUUCUUUAGGGAGUUGUGGGUGGAAACCACAGGUUCAGUCCAUGUCGUUUGUUUAGGAGGCUGAGACUCUGAAGCCUUUCUGCCUUGGUAGUCCCUUUACCCUGAUCCCACAGGCAACAGGUUUGCUCUCUCAUUCUCACUCUCAGUGAGAGUGUGUGUUUUCGUGUCUGUGUGUGUACCAUUCCUCCCAGUCUAUACUGUACUCUCCCACACAGGCUCUCUUUGUGCUGGUUUGUUCCCCAUUGUUGCCCAUUGUUGUUGAUUUUAUUUAUGGUUCUUUAAAGUGCUCGUCAGUUAAUCUCUUUUAAUGGGGAGUCAGAGGGACAGGGAGGGGAGGACCUUGAUUUUAUUCCCUCAAGAAUCUGUUUACUGGGUCUCUGAACUAUUCCCCCUUCUGUGCCACAUGACACACCUCACAGCGGUCCAACGCACUGAUCAUUUACAUUUUAGUCAUUUAGCAGACGCUCUUAUCUAGAGCAACUUACAGGAGCAAUUAGGGUUAAGUGCCUUGCUAAAUGGCACAUCGGCAGAUUUUUCACCUAGUCGGCUCGGGGGGUUCGAACCAGUGACCUUUCGGUGUACUGGCCCAACACUCUUAACCGCCAGGCUACCUGCCGCCCAAUCACAUAAAUAAUGUGGGCUGGGUGCUGAGGUUUCCCAACCCUAGCCUCAGGGUCCCGCUGUGCGUGUUGAGUGGAUGCUACACAAACAUUUAGUACCUUCAGCAGGAGUUAUUGAGCUUACAAAAGGAGGGAGAAAGAAACCUUUUUUGGGCUCAUUCAUGUAGACAGUAAUAACAAAUAAAAAGGCAUAACUCUCACACACUCCCUCUUCCUUUUCCUCUCUCUUACCCCAGUGCUGUUGACUGCUAUAAACUGCUACAGUGUGAAGGCAGCCACGCGGGUCCAGGAUGCCUUUGCAGCUGCCAAGCUCCUUGCCUUGGGCCUCAUCAUCAUUAUCGGUUUUGUGGAGAUUGGCAAAGGUAAGAUACAGCCACACAAAAACACUAACACGCUCAUCAUAAUGCACUUUACAGGAUGAGGUACACAGUGAAAACUAAAUAGACAAGCCAUAAAGUGCCAUGCGACAGGAAAGGAAGUGGUCCUUUUGUAGCUCAGUUGGUAGAGCAUGGCGCUUGUAACGCUAUGGUAGUGGGUCCGAUUCCGGGACCACCCAUGACUGUAAGUCGCUUUGGAUAGAAGUGUCUGCUAAAUGGCAUAUAUUGUUAUAUAUAUUAUAAGUCAGACCCAAUAACGAUGUGUCACGUGAGCCAGAGCAGGAAGUUUGCGUGGCCAAUACGGUGUUUCCCCAUAGAGGUAGGGUGUCCCCAAGAGAGUGAAGUAACUGUCUUAGCCCAGGGCCCAGUUUUUCUAAAGUUAUCAUCUGGAUUUUGGCUAUCGGAUAGGAUUAAAUGCAUAGAAAUAUAAUUAAUAUCCGAUGGGUAACUUUUGAAAAAUAGAGAGUAGAAGUCUUCUUCCUGUUGACUAGCAGGAUCAAGCAUUAUCAUUAUUUAUUGAUUUUAUUUCAGUUUCAUAUGGGCUUAUAAGACACUAUAUCUUGAAGAAUCAUGUGGACAAAACAAAAUGACAUACAAUUUACACGUAUGCAAAAUAAUCAUGGCAAGUACAGCUACCAUUUUGUAACACUAUACCAAAAAACAUCUCCUCCAGGCUUUGAAAAUAAAUGUAGCAAUAUCAAAUACGCCCUAUCAUUUCUAUAUGCACAAAGGCAGCUUCACAUCUCAGCAGCUAAAACAUGAGUCAGUCUUUGAGAACACAGGAAGCUGCUGCUAUCGCAGAAGCCAGGGGAAAAACCGUAUGUUGCACAAUGUAAGAACAGAAUGUAUAAAAGAAACGGCAAACAAAGAAUAAAUAUUAUACCCAUCCUGUUCCCAACUCAAGGGUCCCAACUGGGGUCCUAAGGAAGGUUAUUUUCAUAAGAUUAUUCUCAUUAACUUAGAGAGAUAUUAGUCAAACAGACAUCACCAUUCAAUCCACUACUGUUUUGGUCCAAUUAAGAUGUUCAGACCAAAUGAGAGGCAUAAAAACAACCUUACCAUGUUCCAACAGUAAAACACUACUCCAUUGUCCUGCGGGAGGAAGGAGAGCUGAGGGCCAGUCAUUACUGAUUGAGAGAUCAGUGUGGACUGAUUCAGUGUGGACUGAUUCAGUGCCCAGACUGGGCUUAUGGGCCACCUUGAAGGAAAACAAACAAGUCUUCCAGUCAGACUAAUUUAAUGUUAUGUAAAAGUAAUUAUGUUAGAAUAAAAGGUACUGUUGAAGUGCAAGGAAUUGCACUUUUUAAGACCUUUGUCCUGGAGAUGCCUGACAUUUUGUAACCUGAUGUUUUACUGUAGCAAGUUAGCAAAUGAGAAUUCCUUUACAGAAGUGUGUGGUUAGUGCAUGGGGGCAAAUGAGUGAUUCAAGCUUAACUAAACAGCUUACAAAGAGGUGCCACCCUACUUACCAGAGGCAAGCCCCCCCUCCUUCAGUGUACCCAGACUGUAAUGUCUAAGGUGCAUACAUUUGCAACGCUGCUCAGGGAACCGUUUCUGAGACUGCUAACCUUUCCCAGGUAACCCUGUGCCCUUAGGGGCCAGAUACCCUCUGUUGGGUGAAUAUGUGUAGUCAUGGCCUGCUGUGUAGCCAUGGCUGGUCCUGUUCUUUCCUGUUAUCACAUCUCUUUCCCCUCUCCUGGUUGUAUAUUUGAAUGCAUUUGAAGUUGAGCUGGCACAUGAAGUUAAGGGUGAAGUGUAUGAGAGAGAGUUUCUUUGCAGGCCAGAGCACUGCCCACUGGGCAAAAACUGGUUGAAUCAACGUUGUUUCCACGUCAUUUCAACCCAAGAAAUCAAUGUGUUGACGUUAAAUCAACAAUGAAAACUAAUUGGAUUUGUAAAAAGUAAUCAACGUAAGGGCAUUUAGUAUUUUUUUCCACCCAUCUUUGAACCUAAAUCCAAUGACAUGGUAAAAAGUUUUGUUGAUUUCGCAUUGAAUUCACAUUAGUUGACAACUCAACCUAAUGUAAAUCAAAACUAGACGUUGAACUGAUGUCCUUGCCCAGUGGGUGAGCUCUCUCUUAAAGCACCAGACUAGAUUGAAUGAACCGUGACAUUGGUGGUGUACUUUUAGCUAUUUUUGUCAGACACUAUAAACGGCUUGGUGGAUUUAAUACUAGCAAUAAUUCAGAGUUAAAUACGGUUUCCCAGCGCUCUAUCUUCUGUCUUCAACAGCAGCCCCACUCUCCUCCCAUCCAUCUGCAUGGUCCUGUCUGACUCUGCCAGUGGUCACAGACAGAUGAAUGGCAGGCUCUGAGAGGGGGAAAAUAUAUUUAAAUAAAGAAGAGCUAUGGGUGUCUGUGUCUGCAGGGUCGAUAUGUUAGUGCUGGGUGGGAGUGGAAGUUGGGGAUGGGCUUAUGUCAGAUGGCCAUUUUCUCACGAUGGAUUUGUAAAUUAAUCUCUUGUUGGCCCCAAUGAGCAUUGGUUACUGUCUAAGUUUUCACAAAAAAUAUCAACUUUUAACACUUAACUGUUUCUUGUUCAUUCUUACUAGGACUGAUCUUUCCAAUAGAGGCUAUUUUUGAUGAAGGUUUUACUUGCAAUGAUCAUGGUAGUGGUUGUCUUUACUUGAAUGAACUUGUUGUAAGUCACUCUGUGUAAGAGCAUCUGCUAAAUUACUUAAGUGUGUCUGUCUGUAUUUCUUUGUCUGUCGGUGUGUGUGCGUGAUAGUUUUAAUGCCCUGUGACUAACUCAGUGUUGUGAAAUAACUUAUAUUGAAUUAUUCGGGUCCUCCUGCUGCCAGCACAGGGCUGUGGUAUGGAGGAGGCUCUUCCAGAGCUGGUCUGGUCUUGUCUUGUCUGGGUGGGACGCCACUGGGUUGGAGAGAUACAUUUAACCACAGAGGUCAAAUUAACGCUCCUCUUGUCCUUUUUCUCUCUUCCUGACUGAGAGACAUGCUCACUUCAGUGCAUUUUAAACCAACUGUUGUCUACACCGGGCAGUCACCUAGGUUAAACGGAUUAAGUAUAAGAUUCUGGGUCAUUCCUUAAUUUGGCAAUAAGCUCAAGCAGGUUAAUGGCAACAGGAUUGUUACGAGCUAAUCUGAUUAGGCUACUGCAAUAGUCCAGUUCCUUUUCAAUCAAAAGUGUUUUUGUUUGUCUUUUGGAGCCAGUCGUGAGGCUCUGUAGGGACAUUCCUUGUCUGCAUGUCUUUAAUGUGUGUUGUUCAUGUGUACAUGUCUGUCUCAGUUUGAAAACAACUAUCUCCCCUUGGCUGCUUGCCCGGCCAUAGUUUCGCCAUCACAUUUUUUCUGCUGGCUCAGUUGAAGGAACGGUAGUCGGUAUUGUAACGGGAUCUCUUAAUGGUUUAUUUACAACCUGACCCAGCUGCUCAUCGUGCUGCUGUGACCGACUUUAACCCCUCCCCGAACACAACACACAUACGCCCACUUCCCACAUAUUCUCCCUGUGGCUAAUCACGUAACUGCCAAUUGUAUCUACCUGCCUGUCAAGCACUUGAUUCAAAAGUUAGGCAGAUAUGUGCCAUGCAGUCCACCAGUUGCUGUUAUCUAUCCACUGAUAUUGUAUUAAGAAGUUUUAAACUACUAGGUCAUUGUUUUGUUAUCUUGACCAAAUAAUAAAGCUGGCUCCAAACUAGGAGAACCUAGUGCUGGAGGCUGCUUGUGGGCCAAGCUAGUAUCUCUCUUGACAAAGAAAACGUGAAGAAAAUGAUUCAGAGGUUAGCCUUACCUGAGUGGGGUUGUUGAUGUAACCUUUCUAGUGAUAAAGAUGGGGGUAAAUAGUGAAAACCCAUUUGGCAGUACGUCCAACCGGAUUCACAACUGCAGACCAUGCGUAACCACACCAGCCCAGGACCACAUCCAGCUUUUUCACCUGUGGGAUCGUCCAAGACCAGCCACCUGGAUAGCUGAUGAAACUGUGGGUUUGCACAACCAAAGAAUUUCUGCACAAACUGUCCGAAACCGUCUCAGGGAAGCUCAUCUGCGUACUCAUCAUCCUCACCAGGGUCUUGACCUGACUGCAGUUCGGCAUCGUAACCGACUUCAGUGGGCAAAUGCUCACCUUCAAUGGCCACUGGCACGCUGGAGAAGUGUGCUCUUCACGUAUGAAUCCCGGUUUCAACUGUACCGGGCAGAUGGCAGACAGCGUGUAUGGCGUUGUGUGGGCGAGCGGUUUGCUGAUGUCAACGUUGUGAACAGAGUGCCCCAUAGUGGCGGUGUGGUUAUGGUAUGGGGUAGGCAUAAGCUACGGACAACAAACACAAUUGCGAAGUUCGGUGCCAUCCUUGACGAUCCCUACUUCAUGCAGUGGAGAGUGGACCGCCAUGGGCAUAAGUAUUGCACCGAACUUCGCUAACCUGCAACUCGGGACACCUGCAUUUCACUAUGGAACAUGACGAGGGUGGUCUGGACUUCCUGGACGUACGCGUCCCCAAAACAGGUGGAGACAUUGACCGCAGUACCCCUCACCCCGAGGACCAACCUGUGUAGUCUACCACACCCUCUCUCAUUUGCACCAGCUGAAGAGAGUUUUCUUCCUAAUUGUCUUCCCAAUGCCCUUUAUGAACUUGUCUAUUCCCUUGUUGUGAUUAUUCUGAUGAAGGCUAUUGAAGGCUGAAACGUUUAUCUUUUAACCUUGCUUAAACAAAACAAUGAAUUCUUAAUGGUGAGCGAGUGCUGAGCAUUUUCCUUUUCAAUUAUGAUUUCAUUUUUUGGUUGCACCUUGAUGUUGGUUGAGCGCCCUCCACUUCUUACCAAUGUAUUUGUGUCAUAGUGUUUCAGUGUACUAAGUGACGUUGGAGUACCCUGGGAAGACCCUUACCAUGUUGGGACAUCAUGCAGGCUUUAGGCUUAGAGUUGGGGGACAAUAAAGGUGGAAGGUCAUGGUCCUACAUGAAGAGGGACAGGGGGGUUCUCACGUCCCAGUGCUUGUCCUGGUUAAGCAUGGGCCCCUGUCUGAAACAACACUCUGGGAAUUGUUUGUUCAGAGGAUGUCUGGCUCUUUGGGCCAGCUGGUACUCCUGGAAUGUCCAUCCCUGGUGUGUUCCCUCAGGCAUACACUCCACAUAUUUGCCUUGUUUUUCAUUAAAAAAAACAGGUACCCUCUCACCAUUCUAGCCCCCUGAGUUGUGGAAUCAGUGAAACCCCCAUUACUGUUGAUUGUAGGGGAUUUAAGUUGAACCCCCGCAUGCUCACAGCCUUUUGAUCAAGGUCUGAAUUAUGUUACUGUGAUAUUUUGUCUGGGUAUAUUUGUCCAGCCCUGCACUAUUUCAAAGGUUUCAAGUUGAUCAUGUGUUAUCUAGUGUUUCAUCAUUCCAGGGCCCUGCUCUGACACAAUUCAUAGGGCUGCUGAUUCUUUCCACUUUGUGUUCAAUGAUUCAGAGUCAACUUUGGACUUACCUUUCCAACUCUCUUUCUGUCCUUCUUCCAGGUGACACAGUCGACCUCCUACCAGAAAAUUCUUUCAAGAAUUCUAAUUACGACUUUGGGAAUAUUGGUCUGGCCCUGUACAGUGGUCUGUUUGCCUAUGGGGGCUGGUAAGUACAGAGAACUAGAACUUGACUGAAUCCAGGACUAUUGAACACUAGGCCAGCAUUUUGUCUGCCAUUCUAAUCCCAUUGUAAACCCCCUCUUAGGAGGACUGACCAAUUAAGAACUCUACUAAGUGAAUUGAAAAGUCUGUUCAGACUAAUCCUCCCCAUGCAUGGUGUUCAUAAAGGCGUUUCCACCUCCAUUUCUCACAUAAUUAAUUUUACAGAGACAAAAGAUCCCACCACCAAUUAUCUGUUGGCGUUUACAAAAUUGUUCCUGUUUCCAUCACAGCUGUCACAUUUUUUAUAUGGUAUGACUUUACUCGCAUAAAAACUGUGGAUGGAAACUUGGUUACAGUCUCACUCUUUCCUCUCCCGCCUGGUCUUUUUACCACUGUGUGUUAAUGAUUUGUUCCUUUAUGGGAUAUGAAAGCUAUGAUUUAAUACUUCCUCUCGCCCUCAAUGAAAUCACAGCCUGUCUACAUUACAAUAGAUGGACACACAGUGUUAUGUUCUGACUGUCUCUCUGUGUCUCUGAAUCAUGUCUUCUUUAUCUUGCAGGAAUUACUUGAACUUUGUUACAGAAGAAAUGAUUGAACCUUACAAGUGAGUGUCCACUAUUCCAUGUUCCUUGUCACAUACUAUAGGUCAAAAUUGACUACCUAUGAAUUUUGAAAAUAAUUACUGGUACAUGCAUGUUUUAUGUUAACACGAUUCCUGUGUCAGUCUGUUUCAGAUUUUAUUCCGACGUAGGUAAACAAAGGAAGUAUAAUGUCAGAGGUGGAGUGUUAAACUCUAUAACCGCUCACUGCCCCCUCUCUUCCACAGGAACCUGCCUCGUGCCAUCAUCAUCUCCCUGCCCAUCGUCACUGUGGUGUACGUACUGACUAACCUGGCCUACUUCACCACUCUGAGUCCAGACGAGAUGCUCAACUCUGAGGCUGUGGCUGUGGUGAGUUCUCCCCCAUACUGAACCAGGCUGUACUAGUCUCUCGUGACGGCCUUAUGGUGUCGAGAUUAGCUGUACAUACAGUACAGAGCCGUCUGUCUCCACUGGUACACACUCAGUAUCAGGUUACAUACAUCACUGUAUGUCUCAGUACACACAGCCCAGUGACUGGUAGACAAACUUUGUUUGCUGAUAUUGUUUGUGUGUCUGUCCUUCAGGACUUUGGAAACUACCACCUGGGUCCCAUGGCUUGGAUCAUCCCUGUGUUUGUGGGACUGUCCUGUUUCGGCUCUGUCAAUGGCUCUCUCUUUACAUCAUCCAGGUAUCACACACACACUUACACCAGUGGAGGCUGGUGGGGGGAGCUAUAGGAGGACGGUCUCAUUGUAAUGUCUGGAAUGGAAUAAAUGGAACGGUAUAAAACGCAUCAAACAUAUAAAACCACAUGUUUGACUCCGUUCCAUUCAACAUUACGAUGAGCCCGUCCUCCUAUAGCUCCUCCCACCAAACUCCUCUGACGUACACUUAUUCAUUCACACACAAACUCCAAUGCUAUAUACAAGUAUGCUCUUUUGGUUUGUGUGUAUGUAUAAAUACUAUAACCCCUGUUCUCUCUGUCAGGUUGUUCUUUGUGGGCUCAAGAGAAGGCCACCUCCCCAGUCUGCUGUCCAUGAUCCACCCCGACCUGCUGACCCCUCUGCCGUCACUCAUCUUCACAGUACGUACCCAAACCUCCCUCUGACCAGGUGCUUCUCAAAACCGCCCCACCAUCGAGGGCUCUCAUCAUUCAACAUGCUAAGUAAAACAUAAUAUUGAAACUUGUAGUCAAAUAUUGAGCCUGAGGAUUGAGGCUCAGUAUUAUGGUCAUUAUUAGCAAUUUCUCAUGGCUAUCGAUAAUAGUCACUGCUGUGUGCUACGUUCACAAACCUACAGUGGGGAAAAAAAGUAUUUAGUCAGCCACCAAUUGUGCAAGUUCUCCCACUUAAAAAGAUGAGAGAGGCCUGUAAUUUUCAUCAUAGGUACACGUCAACUAUGACAGACAAAUUGAGAUUUUUUUUCCCAGAAAAUCACAUUGUAGGAUUUUUAAUGAAUUUAUUUGCAAAUUAUGGUGGAAAAUAAGUAUUUGGUCACCUACAAACAAGCAAGAUUUCUGGCUCUCACAGACCUGUAACUUCUUCUUUAAGAGGCUCCUCUGUCCUCCACUCGUUACCUGUAUUAAUGGCACCUGUUUGAACUUGUUAUCAGUAUAAAAGACACCUGUGCACAACCUCAAACAGUCACACUCCAAACUCCACUAUGGCCAAGGCCAAAGAGCUGUCAAAGGACACCAGAAACAAAAUUGUAGACCUGCACCAGGCUGGGAAGACUGAAUCUGCAAUAGGUAAGCAGCUUGGUUUGAAGAAAUCAACUGUGGGAGCAAUUAUUAGGAAAUGGAAGACAUACAAGACCACUGAUAAUCUCCCUCGAUCUGGGGCUCCACGCAAGAUCUCACCCCGUGGGGUCAAAAUUAUCACAAGAACGGUGAGCAAAAAUCCCAGAACCACACGGGGGGACCUAGUGAAUGACCUGCAGAGAGCUGGGACCAAAGUAACAAAGCCUACCAUCAGUAACACACUACGCUGCCAGGGACUCAAAUCCUGCAGUGCCAGACGUGUCCCCCUGCUUAAGCCAGUACAUGUCCAGGCCCGUCUGAAGUUUGCUAGAGUGCAUUUGGAUGAUCCAGAAGAGGAUUGGGAGAAUGUCAUAUGGUCAGAUGAAACCAAAAUAGAACUUUUUGGUAAAAACUCAACUCGUCGUGUUUGGAGGACAAAGAAUGCUGAGUUGCAUCCAAAGAACACCAUACCUACUGUGAAGCAUGGGGGUGGAAACAUCAUGCUUUGGGGCUGUUUUUCUGCAAAGGGACCAGGACGACUGAUCCGUGUAAAGGAAAGAAUGAAUGGGGCCAUGUAUCGUGAGAUUUUGAGUGAAAACCUCCUUCCAUCAGCAAGGGCAUUGAAGAUGAAACGUGGCUGGGUCUUUCAGCAUGACAAUGAUCCCAACCACACCGCCCGGGCAACGAAGGAGUGGCUUCGUAAGAAGCAUUUCAAGGUCCUGGAGUGGCCUAGCCAGUCUCCAGAUCUCAACCCCAUAGAAAAUCUUUGGAGGGAGUUGAAAGUCCAUGUUGCCCAGCGACAGCCCCAAAACAUCACUGCUCUAGAGGAGAUCUGCAUGGAGGAAUGGGCCAAAAUACCAGCAACAGUGUGUGAAGACUUACAGAAAACGUUUGACCUGUGUCAUUGCCAACAAAGGGUAUAUAACAAAGUAUUGAGAAACUUUUGUUGUUGACCAAAUACUUAUUUUCCACCAUAAUUUGCAAAUAAAUUCAUAAAAAAUCCUCCAAUGUGAUUUUCUGAUUUUUUUUUUCCUCAUUUUGUCUGUCAUAGUUGACGUGUACCUAUGAUGAAAAUUACAGGCCUCUCUCAUCUUUUUAAGUGGGAGAACUUGCACAAUUGGUGGCUGACUAAAUACUUUUUUUCCCCCACUGUAUCUCUCAUACUUCCCUCAUUCCCUCACAGUGCCUCAUGACGCUGCUGUACGCCUUCUCCAACGACAUCUUCUCUGUCAUCAACUUCUUCAGUUUCUUCAACUGGCUCUGUAUUGCCAUGGCGAUAAUCGGCAUGAUGUGGCUGCGCUACAAGAAACCUGAGCUGGAACGACCAAUCAAGGUGAGAAUAUGUGUAAUGUCUCUAACCUGUUUUCAACUGAUCAGGCACCAGAGAGAGAGCAAGAGAGAGCUCUUUUUUUUCGGCUGACGCACGUUCGUUUUCAAUUUAGUCAUGUAAAAACUGUCACACUGGCAUUUUCCAGCCCUAAUGCCAGGUUCAGCAGUUAACUGUCUAACAUCAGCUCACUAGCGCUGAGGUGGGAGGGGUGGCAAUAUUUGAGGUGUGUCCUUAAAAACACGUGCAAAACUGACAAUUUCAGACCCACAAAAGCAGGUCUUAACGGUAACGCAGUUGAUAAUGGCAUGGAUUGUGAGAGCAGAACAGAGGCCUAUCCAGACAUGAUGCACAGUGCCCAUGGAAGAGAGAUGUGCAUUUUGUGCCGGUGAAUCUUGUAUUUAGAAACAUAAAAAAUCUAUUGGUUUCCCCUCAUUUUGUUUAAUAUGAUUAAAAACCAAUAAUAGCCUACCCUCCCCUUAAUCAAGGCUGGUUUAGCAGCAUCGCAUAGGUGCGUCUUUUUUUCCUGGCCAUUAACCAAGUAGCCUAUGAAUAAAGGGGUUUUAAAUGGUCUACUGAGAGUGCUUUGAAAUUUAUAUUUUCUUUUUUUCUCAUGUGUUUUCAUUAUUCACAAUUCACAUACCUGCAUACUUAAUUUUGCUUAUUCGAGUAGGCUAUCCAUCCCCAUUUUCAAAGCGCGCCACUCGUCCUAUUACCAAAGACACGCCCGCUCCUCCAAACUAUUAAUUCUUCCUAUAAUGCCAUAUCAAUGGCAAUUUUAUUUUUUAUCUGCCUCGCACAUAGGCAACAAUACAAUUGACAGGAGACUAGUAUUUUGUAUAUAUGUGUGAAUGUUAUGCGUAAAGACAUUUAGGCCUAUGUGUGCACAGUGCCAUGGAAUGAGAUAAGCGAUUUAUGAUAUCAUGCUUCUGACCCGAUCCUAUUUAGAAAUAUUGUUGUUGGUUUAAAAAUCAGUGAUUGUUUUUCGAUUUAAUUUUAUUUAAAAAACAAACUUUAUGGUUUAUGGUGAGGAUGUACAGUGAGGGGAAAAAAGUAUUUGAUCCCCUGCUGAUUUUGAUCAGUCUAUAAUUUUAAUGGUAGGUUUAUUUGAACUUUUUCCAAUCAUCAAUAUCCUAUAGUUGCAUCAUGCAGCCCAUACAGUGAGGGGAAAAAAGUUAUUGAUUCCCCUGCUGAUUUUGUACGUUUGCCCACUGACAAAGACAUGAUCAGUCUAUAAUUUUAAUGGUAGGUUUAUUUGAACAGUGAGAGACAGAAUAACAAUAAAAAAAUCCAGAAAAACGCAUGUCAAAAAUGUUAUAAAUUGAUUUGCAUUUUAAUGAGGGAAAUAAGUAUUUGACCCCUCUGCAAAACAUGACUUAGUACUUGGUGGCAAAACCCUUGUUGGCAAUCACAGAGGUCAGACGUUUCUUGUAGUUGGCCACCAGGUUUGCACACAUCUCAGGAAGGAUUUUGUCCCACUCCUCUUUGCAGAUCUUCUCCAAGUCAUUAAGGUUUCGAGGCUGACGUUUUGCAACUCGAACCUUCAGCUCCCUCCACAGAUUUUCUAUGGGAUUAAGGUCUGGAGACUGGCUAGGCCACUCCAGGACCUUAUUGUGCUUCUUCUUGAGCCACUCCUUUGUUGCCUUGGCUGUGUAUUUUGGGUUAUUGUCAUGCUGGAAUACCCAUCCACGACCCAUUUUCAAUGCCCUGGCUGAGGGAAGGAGGUUCUCACCCAAGAUUUGACAGUACAUGGCCCCGUCCAUCGUCCCUUUGAUGCGGUGAAGUUGUCCUGUCCCCUUAGCAGAAAAACACCCCCAAAGCAUAAUGUUUCCACCUCCAUGUUUGAUGGUGGGGAUGGUGUUCUUGGGGUCAUAGGCAGCAUUCUUCCUCCUCCAAACACGGAAAGUUGGGUUGAUGCCAAAGAGCUCGAUUUUGGUCUCCUCUCACCACAACACUUUCACCCAGUUCUCCUCUGAAUCAUGCAGAUGUUCAUUGGCAAACUUCAGACGGGCCUGUAUAUGUGCUUUCUUGAGCAGGGGGACCUUGCGGGCGCUGCAGGAUUUCAGGCUUUCACGGCGUAGUGUGUUACCAAUUGUUUUCUUGGUGACUAUGGUCCCAGCUGCCUUGAGAUCAUUGACAAGAUCCUCCCGUGUAGUUCUGGGCUGAUUCCUCACCGUUCUCAUGAUCAUUGCAACUCCACGAGGUGAGAUCUUGCUUCUGUGGACAGGUGUCUUUCAUACAGGUAACAAGCUGAGAUUAGGAGCACUCCCUUUAAGAGUGUGCUCCUAAUCUCAGCCCGUUACCUGUAUAAAAGACACCUGGGAGCCAGAAAUAUUUCUGAUUGAGAGGGGGUCAAAUACUUAUUCCCCUCAUUCAAAUGCAAGUCAAUUUAUAACAUUUUUGACAUGCGUUUUUCUCGAUUUUUGUUGUUGUUAUUCUGUCUCUCACUGUUCAAAUAAACCUACCAUUAAAAGUAUAGACUGAUAAUUUCUUUGUCAGUGGGCAAACGUACAAAAUCAGCAGGGGAUCAAAUACUUUUUCCCCCUCACUGUACAUGGCUCGAAUGCAAUGCAAUUUCGUCUGCUAUUUCUGGAGAAGUGCAAAUAUGGUCUGUAAGAUGGUUCCAUGAUGUUUAUAAAACAUUACAUUUGCUAGCAGUAUAACGGUGAGCGGACAUUCCCCCUUUCUCUUCAUACUGAAUCUUGAUCCAGCUCCUUUGAAAAGUUUGGAUGUGCAUAAAAUCCUCUAAGUUGCCUUAUCUCUAUUAUACGCCCACGGGGAGAAAUUAUGGUGCCUGUAACUGUAUUUAGACAUAGCUUAUUUAAGUUGUUUCAUUUUUAUUAGAAUUUUAUUAGAAUUAUACAUGCCUUAUCAGUAGACUAGUGAAUUUAAUCUUGCUUAUUGACUACAUUUGGCAUGUCCAUGUCUGCAGUUUACAGUAGGUCUAGCCCCUAUAUCAGUGUGAAUGCUCUAGCCUAUGUUUAACAAUGUAUUGCCAUAUUGAAGCAAUUCAAUUAGAAAAAUUUAGACUGCAAAAAUGUUCAACAUAUUUAGCAAAUAUGGGGCAGGCUAUUUAACGGACUAGUCUAUAGCGGAGUAAUAUUCGUAAAUGCAAUACUUGAAGCAACCACAUAUUUAGCCAUGGAGCAUGCUCUGAUCGGCCAGUGAGGGGCCAAGCGUCGACAAACCCACAACUUGUUUAUUCAUCAAAACCUACAACGCUACCACCAACAAUAAGAUUUACCAUUGCAAGGGAAAAGGGAUGCCUAGUCAGUUGCACAACUGAAUGCAUUCAACCGGAAUGUGUCUUCUGCAUUUAACCCAACCCCUCUGAAUCAGAUGGGUGCGGGGGGCUGCCUUAAUCGACGUCCAUGUCAUCGGCGCCCAAUAGAGCCCAGAGCGAGAGAGAGAGGAGAGGGAGAAAGAGAGAAAGAAAAAAGGAGCUGGAACUGGUUACUUGGAGGCGUAGGCCGCAGUGUGACCUGCCAUGGACAUGAGCUGCUGGCUAGUGAAGGUAGAGCAGCAUGUGCACUGACAGUCGCCCUAGGACUGUUGGGCACACAGAGACCCUUUGUGGGACUGUGGGGUCCUCUGCCUGCCCCCAAAAUGGACCUAUAAUGGCCUGAAUUGUCUGUCUGGUUGACAUGGCGAUGUGUUAAUGAGGGGAGUGGCUGAGAGAGGCAGUGAAGUGAAAGAGGCCAGCGCUGCACAGUUCAGAUCUCUCUAUCUCUAUCUAUCACAGAUAAAUCUGUCCUGUGUGUUUGUGUUGGAACUGGGUUUGGGACAGAGGACCCUACAGUGGCUCUGUGCCACUAAUGGAGGGGCUGGAGGGAUUCUUCAACAAUGACCAUUCAACUCUCAGCCUUUGAAUAUCUCUCUCUCAUGUACCCGCUUGCUGGUACUCAUUUAGUUAGUGUGGAUCAACAUCACAGACUGCAUUUGGCAGCCUCUGAAAAGAUGUCAGUCACUGGUCUGAUUCUCCACAUUCAGCUGGAUGUGAGUCAGUGUUCUGAUCACAGUUUGACUAUAGUGCACAAACACUCCCCCUCCCUCUCUGGUCCUCUGGACGAAUACUCAGCAUUUCACAUCUAACCCUCCUCAGAGCUUUAAUCUUAAGCAUUUACCUUAGUAAGGCUGAUGAAAGAGGCCCAUUUGCUAUACAUUAUCUUCUACUUUUAAAAUGUUAUAUUUAGUAGAUGAAGAUGCUUUGCGAAUUACUGUCAUACAAUUUCAAAAUAUUUCCUAUUUUAAUUCCCUCAAGAUGGGUUUAGUUUGAAUCCAGUCAUUCUCUGUGUGUUUUGUUAACGGUAGUGUCAGUGUGUUUGUCUGUCCUGGUUUAUUUAUUCAGUGUCACAUUUAAAUGUUUCCCCCAGGUGAAUAUCCUGCUGCCUAUCAGCUUUGUCCUGGCUUGUAUGUUCCUUAUCGUGGUGUCCAUCUGGAAAACACCUGUGGAGUGUGCCAUUGGCUUUGGCAUCAUUGCCACGGGAGUGCCAGUCUACUACAUUGGCGUUUGGUGGCAAAACAAGCCCAAAUGGCUCCUUCAGUUUAUCUGUAAGUUUCCCUUAUGAAUUGCUUCAAUGCACUCUGGAUCUAUCUGCAUGAUUGUAGUCUGUUUCUGAUUAUAUAGUGAUUAUAACUUACGGUGUGUUUCUCUCUCCAGUCUCUUCCACGGCGCUGUGCCAGAAGCUGAUUGGGGUGGUACCACAGGAAUCCUGAAGAGGAGCUAAAGUGACGAAGCCCCUUGACACACAACCCCAGUGACCACUUAUCUACUCCUACCCCCUCGAGGCCCCUACCCCUGCUCCCAGUGUACACCCUCACUCAGCCCCCAUCAAUGUGUUUAGGUCCAAUCAUUCCUUCUGAUCUCCUAGUGUUCUAGUGCAGGAGAGCCAUGCUGCUAGACUGGUGUACCCAUCAGAGCCCCCAUCCCAGGCAGGUGCCCAGGCCCAGGCACGGUCCCCCUCCACCCUGCGCAUAGGUGUUGGGAUAGCUUCAGACAGGUUUUCACUGCAAAUGUUUUUUCAGUCUUCAAGAUUUUGUUGAUUUUGUAUUUUUGAAUGUCUUUGUACUCUAUUAUUCAACCACGGUUCACAAGUGUUGUAUUUAUAAGGAUUAUGUUACUUCUGUUUGCAGAGAAAUGUCCUCUUGUUCAAACAAUUAUUUCAAUGAGGGUUUGGCGUUUGUGUGUUCAUGUAGUUGCAAUCUGUGCUUUCAGUCAGUUGUGAUAGACAUUUGUAGCCUGGCUUGAUGCAAAUUCCUGGUAGGCCAAAACUAGAAUUGUUGUUCAGAUUUCCAAGGUAGACUCACUGUUUCACAGUAGUUCUGCCAUUACCCAGUUAGUGAGUCAACUGCUUCCCAGAAGGGCAUCAUGUCUGUCUGUUGCCAUGGCUUCUUCUAUUUCAGCAGCUUACAGGCUGUUGAAUGCAUACAUUAUGUGUUGUGGUCUGGGUGUUUGUUUGUUUUUCUGUAUGCUUUUAUGUUUUCAGCCUUUUUGGGGAAAGGUUUCAUGUAUCUGUAAAGGAAAGCCAAAUAUACAUGAAGGACCCACACAAUAACAUUUGCUUAUGCUAGUGCCUCUGAUAAAGCCAAGGCUAUUCAGUUCCCUGACUACAGACACACUUGAACUCAUCUGACCCCAGAGAAGCUGAAGACAGAGAGUAGACAGGGCAAAAUGCACGUGUAACAGUGAUUGGAGCGUCAGUGUUAUAAUUCUUAUAUGAUAGCACUGGCUCACUGCACCUUGUGCACCAUGUUGGAAAUCCCUGCUUUGGCCGUUAUUUUUUAAAUCUUUGUAGAUAUGAAUUUCUACUUUCAUGAGGUAGAUGCAGGGGAGCUUUUUUUAAUGCUGUCAAUUAACUUUUUUGUAAAUCCAAGGAAGUCUUAGUUUCCUGUGAGAUUUCUGGUUCUCAAAUAGUCCAUUCGUGGGACGUAAUUAUUAUAAUUAUAGUUAUUUUUACAACUAUUCCGAGUAUACAAAUUACAGAGACUUUUUUGCUUGUGUGUAGAUUUUUCAUUAAAUCACCAGUAGCCUUCCUACUGUACCAUGUCUUACCACAGUGGACCUACAGUAUCACAUGAAUAUAAUAUAGCUGGUAGUAAAUCUUAAAAAUACAACAUCAUGGUUUUUGAAUACUCAUGUAAUACAAGCUUGUGAACAUAAUAGUUGCCUGCUUGAGCUCAAUCCAGAAUGCAUGCAUAACUAGCAAGGACUUAAUUUGUUCUUAGAUUACAAUGAUCUUGUGGGUAUCAUCAGAUGUACAUGGGUAUUGUUGCUAUAAACUACUGUUAUGUCAGAGUUUUAAAACAGCACAGGUUGUAAUAAAGGCCCCCAUUAGGAGCACUGACGUCACAGUGACUACUUUUUACCUGCGACAAGGCUGGCAAAUAACCUCAGAAUGUUGGGUUAGAAUGGGCUAUUGUUGGGCGUUUUGCGUGAGUGUGUAUAUUUCUAAGAAUAGGGUCAUAGCUGUAAAGAUUAUUUAAUUGUUUAGUGUUUCUGUUCUUGUGUGUGUCUGGGUAUCCUACAUUAGUCUACUGUACGUUGUCACUACUGUCAUUAACUAUCAUAGAAGGAUUUAAGGGUGAUGAUGAGAUUUGUGCGGUAAAGGUUUAAUGAGGUAUGGACCAGGGUAGUUGGAGAUGGGAGGUUUCCCAGUCAAAAAGGGGGUAGGCAGGCAGGGCAUAGCAGAGUAAAGGUUAAAACCACAGUCUCUGGAUACAGAUGCCUCAGAGGGUGGGACAGGGGAGACGUAGGACUGGAGGUGGAAGGUUGACGAGAUUAUUAAUUCAUUGUUAUUAUUUUUUGCUGAAAACUGUGUAGCGUACUGUAUUAACAAAAAUCAUCCUGCAGAAGCUUGUCCAGACCUGUUUUAUUUGAAUGUGUUCCUCCACGUUGUAGAGUGGUAAAGCUUGGUAAAGCCUUUGACAUGUGUUGUGCUAUAGACCACGUGGUCACUGUGGUAACCGUAUAGCUCAUGAGUCUGCUCUCCCAUCCAGUUUCCUGGAGGAUGUGUCAUUGUAUGUAGAACAGCAGAAUAGCUUGCUAACACUCCAGACAUCAGAAGAUGUCGACUAAUUUAAAUAGUACUGUAGAAGGUUUAUUUAUUUAUUGUAGGAACUGUUAGUCCCCAAAUUUUUUACAGGGCAUUUGUGAAAGUGCUUUAUGAAUAAAUCUUGUUUUUUUUCCAUACAUCUAUGUAUUGUCCAUGUUUUUGGUCUCCUUUUAUUCUGCGUUCAUCUCAUGUUUAAUAAAAUAUGUUUCA